AUGAUGCCCUAUUCCGGUCGAGACAUCGCUCUCUUUGUUAUUGCCUUUUUCUUUCCACCUAUCGCCGUGUUGAUAAAACGUGGUUGUGGUAUCGACUUCCUUAUCAAUAUCUGUUUAUGGGCUCUUGGCGCUGUUCCCGGCAUCAUUCACGCCUUCUACAUUGUCCACAAGUACAACGAGAACUUUGAAGACAUUGAACGUGGCGGUCUAGAGUAUCAGCCUGUACCAUCCGAGGAGCCAAACCGUGUUGGAUAUGGUUCCACCAAUGCAGCAGAGUAA